AUGACUCGUUCAAAGGAUGAGACGGACCCAAACCUUACCGACGGUUGUGCGUACAUGGCCCCGCGAGUGGAGUAUAAUGCCUAUCUCGAUGUCACCGAGAAACAAGCAGUUGACGUUCCGAGCGACUGCUCUCGCUUCGGGGCGUUAAACCUGGCAAAUAUGAAAGGUGGGAAGGGUAUGCGGACCACAGGCAUUGCUGGGUGCUUCUGUGCACGCCAUGAAUUCGUGCAACCGCUAGGCUUGGGAACACUCAGGAGGGGAGAGCGUUAUAGUUCAAUAGAUUGGAUCUUUUGCGGUGCACUGUCGUUCUUGCGGUGCGCGGAGGUUACCGUCUGCUACGACAUCGCAUGUCAGUGGAGCAAACGAUUACACAAGCGCCUACGCGACAUCGCGCCAGACUGCAGAGUGUUUCCAGGCGCUGUGGAGUUCUUUAAGCAUCAUACCAACAAAACGAUCACAUACGUAGUUCCCAAGUUCCAUCUCUAUGCGCACCAGCUCAAGUGUCAACUGCGAUACGCCCUUGGCUUACUAUUUGGGACUGGUGCGACGGAUGGAGAAGGAUGUGAACGUGUAUGGGCAGGCGCGAAUCCUGCAGCAUCCAGCCUGAGGGAAAUGGGGCCGGGAGGGAUGAGUGACACCAUGGAUGAUAUGUGUGGCUCGUGGAACUGGCAGAAGACUUGCGGCAUAGGCGACCUUUUGUGCGAGCGUAUGGAAAAUGCGCUACAGGAAGGUGCAACCCAGACCGGGAUCUUUACGGAGUUCACGGAUUCCAUUGAGGCUGAAGAUAGCGGAAGGGUAGCUCAAGCCCGAGCUGCCAUCAGAAAGUGGGAGAAUGAUCCGGUGAAGAAGGACGACGUCCCUUGUCCAUACCAUGUUGACAAGUCUGCGCUGUCCAUAGCGGAGAUCAAGCUCCUGACAGAGCAGGCUCAGGGAUUACCUGAGAGUCUCAAGGUGACAAUGGAUGCUGAAGAUGAGACCGAGUUGGCGCAGAUGGUAUUGCGUGGGUUGAAGAUUGAAGAGGAUAGAGCCCGCUUUCUAACGAAACACAAGCCCAUCGGUGGGACGAAGGAGCAAGCUACGGCUAGGACAAGAGCUUUGAAUGCCAUCGCGCGCGAUAUAACGAGCCUUCGAAAGGUUCAGGGAGUUUGUUCUCCUGCAAUCUACGCUGCGCUGACGUCCGACGAGCGGGAGCCGGAUCGACAAGCGGCUCUGACCGUCAAGUUGUAUAUGCCUUCGGACCCGCCGGAGAAGGACGUCAGCCUCAGCUCAACGGAGGCGCGAGCCAUGGAAGCUCGGCUCAGGUGGACUUCAAUGGUCGAUGAACUUGACAAUCUGCGGCACCAACUGCGUCUGAAAGGAUGUCUCAACAAGUUCAAGCUGUCGAACAUCACUGGUCAACGCAACAAUACUCGCGCUCGCGAGGCGCAGGACUCCGUGGACGUUAAUGUCAAGAAGGCCGCCAACGCGUACCGGCGACACCGUCUGGCCUACAUGGCUUUGGUAGGAACUGGCGCAUGGGAGGACACGAUGCAGGAGCUCAAAGAUUCAGAUUGUCGUGGACUUGGCGAUCGUCUUCUCGAGCAGAUGGAUGCGAUGUCUGAGUAUAACGUCAAACAAUUUCUGGCCGGUAAACGCGGGGCUGCCUCGUCGGGGGAGACGCGUUACAAACUACCUUGGAUCUGGUUCAAUAGAUCGGAAGAGUCUGGUAUCCAGAUCACAGACGAGCUUAUGGUGGAGUGGUGCAAAAGCCGCGCACGUGCUCAGCAUUGGGUGGAGGAAGUUCGUCUCCUUGACGAAGAAAUGCGACGCGUCAUCAUGUUCAGCGAGCGCAUGGCAGAUAUAUGGGACAGCCGGUGCGAUGCUGAGCCGCUUGACCUCGGCGAAAAGCACGCGCGUGGAUCCGUCGAUCUCAUGCUACCAAAUGGCGUGCCCAAUUCUCGGAACUUAGAGUAUCGGCACAGCGGUUUCUAG